AUACGGUCAUACUCAGACGAAGGGUAAUCACGGAAAGCGAAAAAACACUUGAAAUGUAAUAAGAACGAACGCCCUCUCCCUUUCUCUUUUUCGCUCUUCAAAGUUCGCACAAACUCGCUCGCAAAAUUUCACUCUCUCACAGAGCCCGUAAGAAAAUAUGGAUUCCUUCCAUAAUAUAACAUUGAGUUGACCCCGUGUUUUCUCCAGCGCUCAAAACGGAGUGUAAGGUGAAUUAGGUGAUUGUGCUGCUAUUUGCCAUCUGAGGUCAUCAGCAAAAUGAAGGGCCGUGUGAGAUGGGAUGAGGCUAAUUUGGAGGAUAUUGAAGCAAAUAAGCCUGUGAGACAGAAAAUCACUGAACCCAAGACACCAUAUCACCCCAUGAUUGAUGAUGAAGGAUCUUUGUCUCCUAUACGGAGUAGAUUUGACGAAUGUGUUGGCGAUGCAAUGCAUGCCGAAGCAAUACGAACUGCUUUGAGUGAUGUGGCUUCAUCUUCAAGUACAAGCGAUGGCCAGAAGUCGGGUGGCUGGACAUUGUCUGAGGAUGAGGGAGAUGCUAUGGAGCAGGAUGAUGAAGAUUCUGAGACCGAUAGGAAUGGUAUGAGUUUUAGGGAGCACAGAAGAGCUCACUAUGAUGAAUUUCGGAAAGUAAAAGAACUUCGGCACAAUGGUUCAUUUAUUGAGGAUGAAGUUGAUGAGGAGGGCGACGAUGAUAUGGAAAGGGUUGGGAAAUGUGAUGCAUCUUCAUCGUUAACUACUGGUGUGAAGGAAAUAGACAUCAACGAAGAAGGUACUGCAACUUUGCCCAAAAAAUCUUCUGCGCCUCUGGCUAAUGGAGCUUAGAUCAAGACAGUCAUGGCUUAAAAAACUGAAAAUGUCAUUGCAUAUUGUUAACAGUUUUGUGGUCAUCUGGUAAGAAAAAACUUGUAUGGCUAGUUUUCUUUGUCAAUGCUUAUGUGAAUAAUUUAUUUUUUACA